ACAACAACCAUUUCCCUUUCCUUUCUAUUUCUUUUGUUCUUUUGUUCUCCCCCGCCUCAGACUGCCUGUCGCCGCCCCCAAGUGACCCCACGACACCCCGCCAGCAACUGCCGCAUCGCACCCAGCAGCCCCCUCGCGUGACCCCACCUCGUGUCCGUCAAUCAACCUCAUACACUUGCUUCCAUCGCCUGUUUGGUCUUCCGUCAGCCUUUCCGACUUCAACCUACGCCCAGGAGUUGACACUUUUCCCAGAGACACCACUCCUGUCACACAAGCACCAAGCAAGAACAAAACGUCGAAAUGUCUGUCGAACUCAGCCCCGCUACUCAGUUGGGUUUCCCUCGUCCCUUUACCGCCAUCACCAAGCGAACCCUCUACAUCCACAACCCCCACUCCUACCCCGUCGCCUUCAAGGUCAAGACCACCGCUCCCAAGCAGUACUCUGUGAGGCCCAACUCGGGGCGUAUCGAGCCGGGAGACAGCGUUGAUGUGAACAUCAUGUUGCAACCCAUGGCCGAGGAACCGCCAGCCCACGCCAAGUGCAAGGACAAGUUCUUGGUCCAGUCUGCAUUCAUCCACGCCGAUGACGAAGUGCGCUCUUUGUCACAGAUGUGGACUCUGCUGGAACAGACCAACAAGGCCGGUAUCGAGGAGAAGAAGCUCAAGGUUGUCUUCUUGGCCCCCGAAGGUCAGGCCGAUGGUCAGGGUAUCCCAGAGGAGAUGGAAGAUAGCAGAAUUGAGGAAUCAUUCAACGAUCCCCACGAUGGUCUUACAAGGUGGACCACCAAGCCCGAGAAAGAGUAUGACCCUGCCUUGUUCCCGAACAAAGGGCUUUCCGUCUGGGAAGACCCUUACAACAAGCCUAUCUACGUCCCAAAGGCUCCCGUUCUCCACAAGCCCGUCACUGUUGGUACCCAUACUCAACCCCCUAUACAUCUCCACUUUUGUUCAUGCCAUAUACCCCACAAAUUGACCUGCAACUGCAAGAAUCCAAAGCUGACAAUCUCCAAGGCCAUCUUCAGCCACGCCCAGACUUCACCCACACCCCUCGACAGGUCUGUUGGCCCCAGCGAUCCCUCCAGGUCUUUCGCCGCCGGCCCUUCUGCCCCCGCCGUCAACGAGCCCGCCCUUCCACCCCUUUCUGCCGCCGACAUCCAACCCACCAACGCCGCCCUCGAAAAGUCCCUCUCUGCUACCACGAGCGACUCUGAGAAGCUUGCCGUCGCUCUCAAGGAAAUUGAGCGUCUCAAGGCCGAGGUUGCCGAAAAAACUGGUCCUCAGGUGACUGGGUUGAGGAAGAGGGGUGUGCAGGGUGGGGCGGAUACGAUUGUGGAGAAGCCUGUGCAGGCGGCGGCUGUUGCUGCUCAGCAAGGUGUGCCGCUCGAAGUGGUCGUCGGACUUGUGGCAGGUGUCUUUGUGUUGACUUAUUUGUUCUUUUGAAAGAGUUUUUGAAAGGUUGGAAUGGAGGAGAUGGAGAUUUGUUGUGGAUAUAUCUAAGAAUGGGCAUUUCAUGCACGACUGAAACACGAGGUCUUUUUUUUGUAUAUCGAACAGGACUAUCGCAAUAGGGGUUCUUUAUUCGUUACUUGCUGUCAGUAGUCAUUUGAAUGUGAUCUAGGUUUAUGAUCUUUGUCCGCGAGAUCUUGGCGACUUCCUUACAGGACUGGCCUUCGAAAGGGUCGUUAAGAAGAAAGGACCGACUCU